AUGCAUAAAAAUGGCAGAGUUAGUUGUGAUGAAUGUCCCUCGUACAAAGCAGCAAAAAUUUGUGCUCAUGCUGUUGCAACUGCAGAGAAGUCCGGUAUGCUAAAUAAAUAUGUGGACUGGUUAGUGAAAAAAGGACUGAAAACAAUGAAUAUCACAUCGUUGGUUACCUUUGACAGUUCACAAGGCACUGGAAAGAAGAGUAGCCAAGCAGCCACUGCAAGAAGAAAAGGAGGCAGAAAUAAGACCCAACCUGUUGUAACUACCAUGAUCGAUGGGCCAUUUGAUGUAAGAUGUAAGUUCAAGUUAAUCAUUACAGGCAGUGCCACAAUAUGCACCACCACCACCACAAAUACCACCACCACCACAAAUGCCACGACCUCCACAAUAAUCGCUGCCACAACCUCCACAACAAUUGCUGCCACCACCACCACAAAUGCUACGGCCACCACAGCAAUCGCUGCCACCACCACCACAAAUGCUAUGGCCACCACAAGUGGCCAGUAG